AUGGACACAAAGAUAAAAUGUAACAUAAAAAUUACAAAUAAUUUAAAAGAAGAUAAAAAUAAGAAAAGGAAAAUAUUAAAUAUUUUUGAUGAUAUAUAUAAAAAUGAAGAAGCUGAUGAAAAAAAAACAGAAAAAAUCCAAAAAAUAAGAAGUAUAAAAAAUGGUCAAAUGCUUAUAGACUCAGUUAAAGAAAAACUUAAUGAUUCAACUGAUAUAUUAAGUUUAAAUUUUAUAAAGAAUUUAGAAAAAAAAUUAAAUCGCAUAAAUAAUAAAAAAAAAAUUAUUUAUUUAAAUUAUCCGAAAAAUGAUAGUUACUCAGAUUCUUCUAAUGAAAGCAGCUCAAAAGAAAAUAUAUCAGAUGUAGAAAUAUCAGAUAUUACUAAUUUAAUUAUUAAAAAUGAUAAUGAUUGUAAUAAUUAUACCAAAAAUAAAAGUGAAUCAUUGAAUAAUGAACUAAAAAUUAUUAGUAAAGAUGACAUAAUACAACUAAAUAAAGACAAUUUAAACAAAGAAAUAAUAAAAGUUAAUGAUGAAUGUGGGGAUAAAAAAAACAGUAUACAUGAUAAUUACUCUAAUAUACUAAAUUGCACUAAUAAGGAAAAUGAUGAUGAAAAUAAUAUUAUAAGUAAUGACAAGAAUAUGAUACAUGAUUAUAAUAUAACAGAACAAAAUUUAACAUUUAAAAGAAAAACAUUGUUAGAUAAAUUUAAUAAAAAUGAAAAAGAAAUGAUAUUAAAAAAUGAAUUAAAUUUAUAUCAAGAUUUUAAGGAACAUAAUAUUCAAAUAGAAAAUUAUGGGAAGCAUAUAUUAAGCAAAAUGGGUUAUAAUGAAGAUAUAUAUAAUAAAUAUAUUAAUAAGUAUUAUAAUGAAUAUAGUGAUAAUAAUUAUUUUGAUAAAAUUUAUGAAUAUUUUCAGUCAAGAGAAUUCCGCUUUACUGGAAUAGGAGCAGAAGAAGAAAUGAAGGAAAAUAUGGAGAUAAUAAAAAAAGAAAAAUAUGAUAAUAAAAAUGAAGGAGUAGAAGAUAAAAAAAAAAUAAAAGAUAUUGAAAAAAAAAAUUUAUUUACUAAUAAUUUUAAAGAUUGUAAAAAUAAUGAUUUAGAAGAAACAGAUGAAUCAAAUAGAGAUGUUGCAAAUAAUAAUAAUAAUAAUAAAUGUGAAUUAAAAAGCAAUAUCAUAGAAAAAACUAAAAAAGAUAAAAUAGAAGAAAAAAAAAGUGGUAAAAAUAAUAAUUUUUUUGAAGGGUUAAUAGUUAAAAUAAAUUUAAAAACUCAUGAAUUUUAUAAAAGAAAAGGAAUUAUAAUAUAUAAAAAAGAAAAAAAAGAUAUUAACAAGUGUUACUAUGGUUUGUUACUAUUUAAAAAUUAUAAAUAUAUUAUUCCAUACAAAAAAAUAAUUAAAGAAAAAAUAAAAGAAUUUCAAAAUGAAAAACAAGACAAUUAUAAUUACUUUUGGGAAAUAAUCCUCAAAGAUUUAAAAAAAAAAAUAGAACUAAACAAAGACUAUAUAAAUAAUAAAGAAAGAAAAGAAAAAAAUAAAGAGUUUGAAAUAUGUGAAGUGAAUUCAAAGUACUUAGAAACAAUUAUAAAUAAUGAUUGCUUAAAAUGCAAAAUAGUAAAUAAGAAUCUAAGUCAUCCAAUAAAAAAAACCUCUCUAUAUAAAGAAACAGUAGAAUUAAAGAAAAUAAAAAUGAACUAUGCAUAUAUUCAAUUUAGAAAAAAAUAUAUAUUAAAAGUUUCAUUAGAUGAUAUUUGUCAAUAUAUAAACCAUAUAUAA